UCACCAUGUCAGUUAAUACUUAGUUGGGUAACCUUUAAACCUUCCCAUGGUGUACGUAAAAAUUAGGGCCACAAGGUGGCACCAGGCACAGAGACUUGAGUUUGGGUGUGGGCAGACUGAAGGUUUGUUUCACUUUUACUUCCAAGGGGUCCCGGAGAAUUGCAGGCAGGCGUCAAGGUUGUUUUGUGCGUUGCUGCUACGGCACCAAAGCGGAGGCCUACUCUCGAGUAAGACUCCAGCCGCUUUGCAGGGAACUGAAGGUGAGCUCAAAACCCCUUCCAAGCCCUUUAAGCUGUGGCAACAGCCAGCCACCCUCCUUGAGCUUGUAGCGUGGCGGGGGGUGGGGAAUAGUGCAAGAGACCUGUGGGUGCUGGGAGAAAGAGUGCGUGCCAAAGUUUGCGGGGUCCCCACUUAGAAGCCCCAAAAAACACGCGCGCGCACCUGCAGCUGGCUUUAGCCUCCCUCCUUGCUAAAAGCAGUCCGGCAGCUGCUGCUGCUUUCGUGAUUCUGGCUUCUUCUUCCUCUCCCGUAUUUCUGCUUCUUCCAACCUUCUGCAAAUGGGGGGAAAGGCUGCAGCUUAGCGGCGAAGCACGCGCAUUGCACGCAAACCGUAUCAGACUUAAUCCCCAGCAUCCUGGGAAUGCCUUCCUUUCUGCAAAGCUGGAGGGCCGCUACCGGUCAGUGCUGACAGUACUGAGCUCGAUGGAGCAGUGGUCUGAUGCUUGGUGUGAUGCAGUUUCCAGAGUGAUUAGGCCAGCAUUACUGGCGAGGUUUCCAGAGUCUCACUUCCGUGCCCUGAGGACCAAAGAUUGUCUGCUGUUAAAAAGGGGUUGAUGCUGGCAGUUCCAAACCUUGCACAAACUGGUAUCUUUUUAAACAGACUACAGUGGUACCUCGGGUUAAGUGCUUAAUUCGUUCCGGAGGUCUGUACUUAACCUGAAACUGUUCUUAACCUGAAGCACCACUUUAGUUAAUGGAGCCUCCUGCUGCUGCCGCACCGCCGGAGCACGAUUUCUGUUCUCAUCCUGAAGCAAAGUUCUUAACCUGAAGCACUAUUUCUGGGUUAGCGGAGUCUGUAACCUGAAGCGUAUGUAACCUGAAGUGUAUGUAACCCGAGGUACCACUGUAUCUUGAAACUGCCCAGUUUUUCCGUCCUGCAGAGAAAAUGCUACACUGUUUAUUUCAAUGACAUAUCAAUAUCUGAUGCCAGUAUUGUAUUGUUGGCCUCUGUCUGUCUCAGGAGGCGAUGGAGAGCACCUUUGUGGGUGAGGACAAGCUGUUGGAAGGUUGCAGCUGAUUUCUCUUAAUGUUUUUGCACUUGUGUGCAUUGCUGUUUUAGUGUGGUUGACACCAGGCAGGCAUCUCCACGGCACUGUUUUGGCACCUGUGAGUCUAUGAAAAUGAAAUGCCUCUCCCUUAUGUUCUUUCAGGUGAGACCUCCACAACCAUGGCUGAGUUUCUGGAAAACAGAAGAAUGGCAGAUGUCCUUAGCAUUUUGCUGGAAACACCAGAUAAGAUCAAGCUUGAUAUCGCCAUUUCGGGAGUAACGGGUGCUGGGAAAUCUGCCCUGGUCAAUGCCCUUCGAGGUCUUGGCGAUCGUGAAGUAGGUGCUGCACAAACUGGAGUACGUGAGACCACUAUGGAGGUAGUCCCUUACCAGCACCCUAAACUUCCCAGUGUAACAAUAUGGGAUCUCCCAGGAAUUGGCACAAAUCAAUUCACAGCUGAUACGUACCUCCAGCAGGUAAACUUUGACCGCUAUGACUUCUUCAUUAUUGUCAGCUGCCGCCGUUUAGGCCAGAAUGAUAUUCUCCUGGCAAAAGCAAUUAAGCAGCUGGGAAAAAAGUUUUACUUUGUGCGCACCAAGGUCGACUUGGAUUUGGAAAGUGCCAGGAGACAACAGGCCCCCUUCUAUGAUGAGGAGGGUGUCCUGAGGAAAAUCCGUGAUGACUGUAUGCAGAGCCUCAGAGAAGCAAAAUUCACCUCUCAGGGGGUUUUCCUCCUUUCCAGAUAUGACCUCAACAAGUACGAUUUCCACCGUUUGGAGGAAACGCUAGAGAAGGACCUCCCUGUCCACAAACAACGGGCUUUUAUUUUGGCCCUUCCAAGCAUCUCCAUGCGUAUCCUACAGAAGAAGAAAGCGGUUCUGAAGAAACACGCAUGGGAGGUCGCCACGGUGUCAUGUGGCGUCACCGCAACCCCAACGCCAGGCAUCCCUUUUGCCUGUGACACCUCCCUCCUCUUGCCUUCCAUGUUAAACUACUAUCAGGAGUUUGGUGUGGAUGAUGAAUCUCUUGCCAAACUUGCUAGGCUGGUUCAGCAACCUGAGGAGGAACUUAGAGCCCAGAUGAAGUCCCCUCCAUCUUCAGCAUUGCCUUUGCGUGUAGGCGAGUUACUGACCAACGCGGAGGUCGGGUUUUUUCAUAUUCUGUUCUCACCUCUAUUGCUGCUCCUUGGCUCCCCAGCAGCAGGAAGAAUUGCUUUUAUGUCGACGCUGAGAAUGCUGGAAAAAUUUGUGGAUGAUUUGGAGGAAGAUGCUGAAAGGGUUCUUAGCAAGGCAGUUGGGAGGAGAAACGUGUAGGCAUGGAGGGUUUUCUUUUUUCAACAUUCUCCCCUCAUUAUGUUUUAUUGAGUUUCAACGUUUUUAGCACAUACAAUCAAAAUACAGUUUUGUCUCUUCUCUUUUGUCCACUUGCCACCCCAUUUUUCAUGGAGUUGUUUUUUCUCCCCUUCUGCUGCAUCCUAUCUUCUAUCAAUUAAAUCAUUAUCAUGAUAUUAUAAUCUAAUUCCUUCCGUUCUGUUUUCAUAUAAUUACCUUUUAAGGUGUAACAAGCAGUAAAUUUCAUAUCUACUUUCCACAGCUUUCCCCAUGCACACAUUUCUGUAUUAUGUCACAGGUCUGUAGUCCAUUGUAUCAUUGUUGAUUUAACCAUUUCGUCUUCCGUCUCCCCUUUUUCAAUAUUCGUUAUUGUUGUUUUCCAACACCUCGGAACUUGAUGUCCCAUCCGGUACAGCUUUAACAAAUUAUUAACAAGUAAUCAACUCUUCUCACUUUGUUCCAGGAAACUCCCCUAUGUGAUACUAGUCAUUCCCUGACAAGGCUAGCAAAUUACAACAAGAAGAAAGAUGCAAAUAUUUGUCUGUUAUCCUAUCUAUAAAAUGGUGCAAAUGUUUCGGCCUGGUCUUUCAUUUUCCGGUGUCUUUGUAAUUGUAAUAAAGUUUCACCAUUCUCCAGCAAA